CAUGAGCAGAUUCUUCUUCGCUGCUGCGCAUCAUAACCAGACUCUGACCGAAAUCAAAGGAGCUUUCAGGCUUACUUUUAAUCGCUUAAUGUUUACAGAGAAUAGUAAUUCAUCGAUUUAUUCUUGAGGGAGUAAAAGUAACAUCGUUUCACUUCAUUUUGAGGCCUUGAAGUUUUUCAAGUGACCAAAGACUCAACAGCUUUAUUUUUUUUAACUGGGAUUGAUUCCUUUGACGCAUGACGCCAAACCCAAACAAAACAUUUUGAGUCAUUUUACCUCAUUUUUUAACAUUACUUGAAUGAUUUAAGGAAUUGUCGAGAAUGGACGAGAAGGUAUUCACGAAAGAACUGGACCAAUGGAUCGAGCAGCUAAACGAGUGCAAGCAACUGUCGGAAAACCAAGUGAAAAUCUUAUGCGAGAAGGCUAAAGAAAUUUUAUCCAAAGAGUCAAACGUUCAGGAGGUGCGUUGCCCGGUCACAGUGUGUGGAGAUGUACAUGGCCAAUUUCACGAUCUUAUGGAACUGUUUAAGAUCGGGGGUAAAUCACCAGAUACCAAUUACCUAUUCAUGGGAGACUAUGUGGAUAGAGGGUACUAUUCAGUAGAGACAGUCACACUGCUGGUGUCUUUAAAGGUUCGAUAUCGAGAGAGAAUCACCAUCCUCCGUGGAAAUCAUGAAAGUAGACAGAUCACACAAGUGUAUGGCUUUUAUGACGAGUGCCUUAGAAAAUACGGAAAUGCAAAUGUUUGGAAAUAUUUCACAGACCUCUUUGACUACCUCCCUCUUACAGCCCUCGUAGACACACAGAUUUUCUGUCUCCACGGAGGAUUGUCACCUUCCAUUGACACGCUGGAUCACAUCCGCGCAUUGGACCGUAUCCAAGAAGUUCCGCAUGAGGGUCCCAUGUGUGACUUGCUGUGGUCAGAUCCAGAUGACCGCGGAGGCUGGGGGAUUUCCCCCAGGGGGGCUGGGUACACAUUUGGCCAGGACAUCUCAGAAACAUUUAACCAUGCCAACUGCUUGACUCUGGUCUCACGAGCUCACCAGUUAGUGAUGGAGGGUUAUAACUGGUGUCAUGAACGUAAUGUUGUAACCAUCUUCAGUGCACCUAAUUAUUGCUACCGAUGUGGUAACCAGGCUGCCAUCAUGGAACUCGAUGACACGCUUAAGUAUUCCUUUUUACAGUUUGACCCUGCACCACGCAGAGGAGAGCCUCACGUUACUCGUCGCACUCCAGAUUAUUUCCUGUAAAAUGGGAAGGCUUUUUAAAAAUUACAGUAUUGCAGCACUAUCUGACCAGUGGACAAUGAUUAUUCAAAGAAGACAUGCUCAUCUGUUCAAUCUGUUCAAUCCAUCACAAACCCCUUUCCUUGGACCAAAACGUGCCCUAUCUAUACUGCAAUAAGAUUGAUGCAGUCUUCUCAACAAACACAAUAAUGUAACAGUACUCGUUCAUCUGCAUCAUGUACUUUUCUCUCUUAUGUACUAUAAAGCUGUUGUGUUUUUGAUCAGCAUAUAAGGGUUUCUUCUGACUAACGGGUUUAUGUGCAGUCUUCUACAACGCUGUGUUUUGGAUACUCUAAAUGCUUACAAGUGGAUAAUGUUCAAGUUGUGAUGAGCUUAAAAUAGUGCUGUGUAUUAUAGCUGCAUUUUCAUGCUGCAUGGCCUCGGGUACACAAUGAGCUGUCAUCGGGCACAUUUCCGACUGCGGUUUAAAACGAUCGCCUACUGCAAUGUUUGUUACAGGUGGGUAUGAGAUACUUUAGUUUUAGUCCCUUUUCAAUGUCUUUUAAGCACUUUUUUCAAUGCAGUAUUUGUUAUUGUUCUUAGUUUACACAGCAGUGGUUUUGUUUUUGCUUUUGUAUGUCACUGCAUUAUUUCCCAAUUUGUAAACGAGAGCACAAUUAAAUAGGGAUUUGAACGGCAAUAAAGACUCUUGUUAUUUAUCUA